GACUCCGUCUCCGAGUCCGAUCUGCACGUGCAGGUGGCACUGCUGGCAGUCAAUAUUCGUGCAUCAUCGUGAUCAUGUGCAAGCGUUAGCGCUUAGCCCUGGUUACCAUUGAGCGGCUCACUGUGAGACGCAUGCAGGCGCGACGGAGACUAUCCGGAUUGUUCAUCGAAGGUUAUCUCAUAUAUAAUAUAGUCUGUUUACCGCAAUGUCCUCAACAACACCGACUCUCGACUCGGACGUAGCCGUCAUGAUGGAACAACCAUCCUGGAAGAAAACUAAACUCUCCCUGGAAAGACCCUACAAGGAUGACAAAGGAGAGCGCAUACCUGUCCUUCUAGACAUAACUCCAGAUGGAGUGCAAGUAUUUGAGCCUCCACAAGAUCCCAUCAAACUCUUGGGUGAAAACCUGAGACGCAUAUUCAUCGAGCGCGGCGUAGAUUUUUUUGAGCGCCAAGAUGCCCUGAGGGCUACAGGAGACUUGUCCAUUCCUCAGGCCCUCGAUACCAAAGACGACAAGCUCGAACCAGAUCAGCAGGAGGAAGGCGUCUCGAAAGCCCACAUGAACCCAGAGGAAUUAUUCAAAAUGCGCAUGGAAAUCAUGCCCCAGCUAUUUACCGCACUGGGAGAGAUGACGCAUGCCAGAGAGCUCCUUUCGUUGCUACUGGCUUCUUCUGCACCAACUGAUCCGUCUCCUGUCCUGUCCUUACCUUCUUCUACAUUAACUGCAAGUAUUGUCACGAAGCCUUCGCCUAUACCUUCAGUGGACGCGUUCAAUGCUCAGCUGACUAUUGGUGGAAAGGACGAGGCUCUGAGAAAAGCUUCAAGUAUAUUCAAAGCCGCCGCAAACAACCUGGAGAGAAGCCGCCUUCGAGGUCAAAGGUACUGGGUCGAUGCACUCAAGAUCCGGCGUGCCAAUUGGGGAUUGGUGCCUGCACCCCUCCCAUUUGGUGCACCUACAGGCAAGGGUGCUGAUAAAACGUCAAAAGACUUCUUUGUCUCUUUCGGACUCGAGGAAUCCCCAGCUCACUUCAGACGAAGAGCGGUAGGACACAUGGCAACAUAUGAAACUUCAUCGCAUGUUCUUGUGUUUCCUCACCGUCAGCGAGUCCGCCUCCAAGUUUCUCUUGUUCUCACCGAUUCCAGCGGCCUCUUUCGCACUGCUUCCAACAGUAUAACAAGCUUAUCAGAUGCGUCAUUGGAAGAUUCGCUUAAAAUUGCGCAAAGGGAAAUGGUCGAGGAAGAGCUUUUCUCUGUCUUGAUUAAAGAGGCUAGCACUCUACCGACGGCGUCAGCACGAGUGGCCGAGCGGCUCAUCGUCAUUGACGCUGCCCAAGGAAUGGAACUUAAGUUUGAACUCGUUGAUGGUGAUGCCGUCAAUGCUCAAGAAUCCAAUAAGAGUGAUGAACGUUUGCCCGCUACUUGUAAUCUCAUAUACUUCGCGCUGCAGGGGCUCCUCCUGUCCCUGCAUGCUUCGCAGAAAUCUCAACGCCUAUCAUCAGCCAACACACAACAUCCACCCUCAGUAUUUCCGAAUAAGGCACCUCUGUUGCAGCCCAUCAUCGACCUCCUUCAAUAUCAGGUAUUCUGUGACAGAAUCAAAGUAGAGCUAGAUAAAAUGGUCUCUGCCUUGCUUAAGGCCGGUAUUCCAUCCUCGUUACGAUUCGACGCUGUAGGGGAGAGUGGGCACCAAUUAGUGGAGCAUUUUGCCGCCAAUGAAACAGCAAGAAGGAUUGGGGGCGAGGCUCUUCUCCGUAUCGACGUCAGGCAAACUCUUCGCUUGACAUUCCUUUCACCAUCAUCUCUUACAGCCCAUUUGCCACAAGCAACCCUCCCGAUUGCGUCCAUCCCUCAGCUGGUGCAGCUUCUUUCGGAUGAAGUCGAGAGGUGCCUUCUCAACCGGUUGUGUGAAGUGGGCUCACAGGUUUGUGAACGCGUCGGUGCAACGUGGUUUGUCGAUUUCGUCAGUGGUAAAGCGGUCGGAAGAUGGGAAGGAAAUAUAUUGAACUUCCGCGUCAUAUUCGACAAGGAUUUUGCCAUCCACUCGUCGGCAUACCGUCUGAACAGAGCAAGCCACCAGUUAUCAUUACUAGAAACAUACACUCCAGAGACCUCAAUUUCUCUUGUAGCAUGGCUGCAAGAGCUACUUGAGAAGACUAUAUUAGAAUCUUAAAAUGUUUUGGCCAAUAAUCGUGUUGCAUGAUAUCAUAAGCAUAUGACCUACUUGACUGGGUGGAUGAAAAUGUGGAUGCAGAAAGUAAGUGAGAAGCCGAAAUUUUUUACUCG